CCGGUGUGUGCGUCGCGCUAAACCAAUCAGGAAGGCGGACGUCCUGACGUACAUAUCGCGUAGCCAAUCAGCACCGGAGCUGCUCGCAUCACGGAAGCUUGUUUUCCGUCAGAUAAUGGCAUCGAGAGGACAGAGAGCUCAACGUGGCCGUAAGGGGAGAUGGCACAAGAAAAGUGUGGGCGGUUCUUCUCGGAGUCGGGCUUCUACAUCACAAGAACAAUUCUACAUCCAUCACACUGACAACGACAUGAUGCUAAUUAUUCCCAACCAGGGAGACCUGGACCUACCCUUCGUAUCUCGCAAGGUACAAAAAUCAACAGACAGCACCCCACAUGCAGAUCGGUCCAGCACAGACUCGGGUUGGGGAGACAAAAUGCCCCUUGAGGUCCUACACAGGAUCUUCCAACUGCUGUCAGACACUGAGGGGGCAGUCCCCACUCUCUGCAGGGUUUCCCGGGUGUGCCAACGCUGGUGCCAAGUUGCUUCUAGUCCAUCUCUAUGGCGCCAUGUGUCUCUGGGAUUUUGCUGGGUGGAACCAGGCAAGAAGCUGUCUCCUAAACUGCAGACCAAGAUCCGAGACACUGUGGAGAAACUUAUUCAGGGUCGGUUGCGCAUGGUAUUGGAUUUUUCUCUGCAUCAUUGGAAGCAGCAGGUCCCAUUCGUAGUGCAGAUGCUGUCUGAUCAUUGUCCCCAGCUGUCAUUUCUCACACUUUCCAACUGCCAUGAGGUCACAUUAGACGCUCUGCUUUCUGUGACUCAUAACUGUCCUCGACUGUGCUCCCUCAAUCUGCAGAACUCACAGGUUGAAUCCUUGGCGUUACCCAGAGUUUUAGAUGAAUGUGGAUCUCAGCUUCAGGACUUGUUUCUGACAUACAGUACAAUGAUGAAGGCUGUCAUUAGCCGUCUGGCGGGUGGAUCCUGUCCUAAUUUGAGGGUUCUGGAACUAAACACAGAGAUGAAACAGGGAUCCGAUGAUUUAUCAUUUUGCAUUGAAUCGUUGCAAACUGGCUGUCCCAAGCUAGAGGUUCUGCGUCUGCUGAAUCUAGUUUGGUCUUCCAAGUCUAUGAGUCGACACUCUGAAGAAAACCCUGGAUUUACUGAGCUUCAGGAGCUCUGUCUGGCCACUUCCAACUACUCUUUUGUGAGCGAUGCUGUCUGUAAGAGACUACUGAGAGAUUCUACAAAACUGAAAAUGCUGGAUCUGAGGGGCUGCUACAGAGUCACCCCACAAGGCAUCUGUGACCUGCCCUGUACCGACCUGGAGCGCCUAUAUCUGGGCAUAUACUGCAGCACAAAAAACCUGAUCCUGCCAGGCUCUGGAAGUGCCCUCCUUGCCACGAGGUGGCAGCACAGUUUGCGAGAGCUCGAUCUGGCCUCACAGAGUUUCAAUGAGAGGGACCUGACAGAAGCUCUGCAUAUACUUUCAAGAGGAGGAAAUAAUGAGACCUUGCAGUCCCUCAAUGUUGCUGGCACAAAGGUCACGUCUUCUGCUAUCAGGAAUUUGCUCCGUAGCUGCCAGUCUCUCUCCCACCUGGAUUUAUCUUCUUGUCGUUGUCUUCCACGGGGGAUGAAACGUGUAUAUCGAGGUGAACAAGAUAUCCACGAGUGUCUAAAUGGACUGACUGAGGAGUUAAAGAAGGAAUUGGGAGGGGAUGAGGAGCUGUAUCUGUGACCUUCAGAAAUGGACGUUUAGAUCCAGUGGAACUGCAAAGGCAGCCAAGAUGGGUUCAGUAAGAGACUGAACCUCAGAAUAUUGAUCGAUGCCUGAUAUGGGACAAGAAGAGACUUUCAGUAGAAAUGGAGUCACAUCUAAGACUGAUUAAUAGAAAAUAAACCAGGCAGAAUUGGUCAACAGCUGAUAUUCUCUCUGAAUGGCACCUUGAGAAGAAAUAGGACGAACAGCUGAGACAACUUUUCCUUUUGGGACAGGUUAACGUGAAAGUCAUGUAAUGUUGAGCUGUGGGAGGCAGUUGAAUUAAUACUUUUUAGACUGGGGAUAAUGCAGCAGUUUAGAUGAGACUCAUUGGUUUAGUAAAAAUGGGGACGGUUUAGUUGAGACCUCUUGAGUUAGUAGGAAUGGGGGUGACAGUUUGUAUAAUGGGGAUAGUUUAGAUGAAACUGCUUGGGUAUUAGCAACGAUGGGGGAUUUAGAUGAGACUCCUUGGGUAAUUAGCAAUGGGGGGGCAGUGUAGGUGAGGCUCCUUGGGUAAUUAGCAAUGGGGGACAGUUUAGAUGAGACUCGUUAGGUUAUUAGCAAUGGGGGGGAUUUAGAUGAGACUCCUUGGGUUAUUAGCAAUGGGGGGGGGCAGUUUAGGUGAGACUCCUUGGGUUUUUAGCAAUGGGGGGCAGUUUAGAUGAGACUCGUUAGCAUAGUCACAUCCCGAGAAAGCCCUGAUCUGAGUGCUUAACAUAUCCAAAAAGCACUCCGAUCGGUUCGGUAGUUUGGAAUUUUCAUCGAGGUACAGUUUUGACCGGCCGGCAACCUAGGUAGAAGCCCAAAAUAGUUCUAGAGAAAUCAUGGGAACGGCCGGCCUCAGUUCCAGGGUUUUUCUACGAAAGACAUACACCGUAUCCGAACGCUUUUUAGUAUCGAAUGCUUCCCCCAUUUGGUAGUUUAUAUCUCCCGAACGCCGUUCGUAUAGGUGGUUGGGAACUUGAAUGGGCAACAGUUUCAUAUUCACUGGUGUUUGCGGGAGUGCCUAGCAGUAAUAAGCUCCAGGCACUCUACAACCAGGUACCGCUGCCUGCGUUCGGGAGACAAGAUGGCAGCCACCCAGGGGAGCCUUUUAGUGAUUGUUUCCAUGGUGGUUUCGCACUGGAUACUUUGUAUUCCACAGUCUAAUUAGAUGUUUGGGUGGUCUUCGUUCAGGAACCGAACUAGGAGAGUUUCGAAUGGGCAAACGAACAGGGGAAAACGAAUAUUACCAAACCAAGUGAUGGGGCAUUCCUUCACAGGUGGGAUGUGAUGCAAUGUGUCUCUUGAUUGUAACCUGAGGGGCAAUUAAAUACAAAUAAUUUUUACCAAAAGCAACAUAUUAAUAAUUUACUUAUAAACUUAAAGGUUUUAUCAAGGUUCUCCUUACUGUUUAAAUAUUUUGGAUCUGGUAAUUUAAAUAUAUGUUUAUUACUAUUAAAAGA